GGAUUUGUCUUCGGAUUUUUGUUUACCUGUAGAAUUGUGAGCCUACCUUCCUCGCGGCGGAGCUCACCUCGGCAAACUUCGGUUUUGGCACGGGAGGACGACGACACAGCGAGCUGCGCGCUCGCUUUGCUUUCCAGUGAAACGAAGGUGAGGAAGCUCAGCUGGACAGUGCGCUUGUUGCAUUUAGGAUUUGAAUUCGCAUUUUGAUUGAGAGUUAGGAACCAUGGCGGCUGUUGCGGCGAGCUUGGGAAGCCACGGCUUGAUAUUUAAGAGCAGUCUUGGUCAGAGCCACCAUGACGGUGCUGCAUCUGCAUCGUUGCCGAAAUCUGCUUUCCUCGGGGAGGAAUUCUUUUGCAAUUUUAAGCGUAGUGAUCUGAGAGUAUCUCAGAGGCCACAUGUUGUGGUCUUCGCCUCUGCCGCAGAACCUAAGUGGAAGCAAAAGUUAGCAGCUGCAGACGAGCACCAAGAGAGAACACGCCAGGCUACAGCUCAGGCUCAGGAAGAAUAUAGGAAGAGGCAAGACGCAUUGCGGAGACAAUCCAUGCAAGGUGGGGAGGGUGUUUCUUUAAGUAGCCUCGAGUAUAUUCCUUACUUAACGGAAGAAGGCCACAUUGCGGAUUGCACUGAACCUGGCGCCAAGGCCAGUCUGUAUGCUAUCUUCGAUGAGAACAAGACGCUUUGUUUCAUUGGCAUCUCACGUCAAGUGUACCAAAGUAUGAGGUUACAUUUUGCUAGGAGACCUUUGCAGUGCUAUUAUGUCAAGGUUAUGCAUGUCUCAAAACCCAGUCGGGCUCUAUUAGAAGGCACACGUGAUGCGUGGAUCUCUGAAAAUGGAUCAGUUCCAGUUGGCAACGACAACGGUGAAAUUCAAAAUCUUUGGGAGAAUGCCUUAGAUUGUACUCCUUUCAUGACUGACGAGGAGAAACUUCUGCAUGAAGAGGCUGCACCUGGACCUCCGAAAGCGAAAGUACUCAAAAAUGUUGCCAGACGAAUCGAGAAAGACCUCGAGGGUAUCUUCAAGCAACGAAACUGUACUGAUGUGCUGCGCUUUGACCCAAAACUCAAGGAUCGUUGUUUGUUGGAUUUGAAGGGUGUGGCAGUGAAGCCUGAUACAUCUGUGCCAACUGCAACCCCAAAGGGAACUUAGUAUUCCGCAUUCAAGUGGCCCUCAACACCACACUGAACUUUUGCUCCAUCUUCUUACAUGGAAUAUGCUAGUAUCCACUUUAAAUGGAAAACCAGCUGUCCAAUUGUAAUUUUGUCAAUAAUCAAGACGAGCUACUCAUGGUAUUAACCUUGUGA